AUGCCAGUCUUCUAUGCGGUAUUGAGCGUCUGUCUGGUCUUGGCGGCGUCAUGGAUUGCCCAGCAACUUCUGCGCGGCCUCCGCCGAGCAAGAACCCCGAAGCUAGGAUUCCCCGUCAUCGGCUCGCCAUACGACAAGGAAUUCACAGCCGCUAUUCUUGAGGGUUUCAGGAAGUAUCCAGACUCUCCGUUCAUCCUUCCGACCAAUCCACCGCAAGUGGUCCUUCCCAUAUCUCUCUACAUGGAGUCAAAACAAAAGUCGUCAUUUUCCCUAGACGCCGAAUCUUACGAAUUGUUUAUGGGCCACUGGACAGACUUUGGCAGCGAAAACGACGGUGCCCUGACGCGUACGGUCCGGCAAGAUCUGACAAAGAGUAUCGGAGCUAUCCUACCACUUCUCCAGGAUGAACUGAAAUUUGCCUUCGAAAAGGAGUUGGGGAAUUCUACAGAGUGGCAUGCCAUUCCCCUGUUGUCGGUCUUGUUGCGGAUGGUGGCUCUCCUCAGUGGUCGCGUCUUCGUUGGCAGUCCUCUCCAUCGCAAUGAAGAAUGGGUAGACGCCAGCAUCAACUACACUGUGGCACUCGCCAGUGUCGCGCGCGAAUCCCGAACCUGGAAUCCGCUUCUGGUUCCCUUUGUAGCGCCCUUCCUGCCUUCGGUGAAAAAGACCAGACGGUAUCUAUACAAAGCCAAGGAGUGGAUGAAGCCUCUGGUUUCAGAGAUAGUCAACGCGGAGAAGGAGGCCCCUGGAAGGCCGGCCAAAGUUGGUCAACGGGGCACCUUCAUAUCUUGGUUGCUGAACUAUCUGCCAGCGCAUAGAAAAACCGCCUCUCGUAUUGGCAAGGAUCAGAUGGCGUUGUCUUUUGCGGCAAUUCACACUACCAGCUCCACCGGAACAAUGGUGCUAUUUGAUCUUGCCUCCCGUCCCGAGUAUAUCGACGAGCUUCGCAGAGAGAUCGACCAAGUCCUCGCUGAGAAUGGCGAAGACCUGGACGAGAACGGCAACCCCUACAUCAACAAGGCAACGUUUGCAAAGCUCAAAAAGCUUGACAGCUUUAUCAAGGAGAGCCAGAGAUGGAAUGGACUUUCACUCACCACGCCAGCUCGCAAGGUGCUCGAGGAUGCCGAAUUCUCGACUGGAUUGAAACUUCCCAAGGGCACACGGGUUGUCUUUCCUACUCGUGCUCUAGCAUUAUCAGAGAAUAUCCAGACCCUGAGUCCCGAGUAUAAUGCUGGGACAAACAACCCUGGUCCUGAAGUCUUUGACGGCAAUCGCUUUGCUAGACUGCGCGAAAUUCCUGGUCGCGAGUCCAAGCACCAGACUGUAACAACUGGAUUGGAUAGCCUGACUUUUGGUCAUGGACCGCAUUCCUGUCCCGGACGAUUCUUCGCCAUCUACGAGGUCAAGGCUCUCGUUGUCGAAUUCCUCCGCAACUACGAUUUUCGGCUCAAGAAAGACUCGGGGCCGGGCGUGAUCCCGCCCAUGGCCGACCAGACUGGACAGGCGAGCGCCUCCGGCAACCCCUCCCGCCGCCAGGCUCUCAAUUCUGACGCGCACUCUCGACGGCUUCAGCACCCAGUUGUCAAGAGCGUCUCGGGCCCGCCCUCAGCCUCCAGCCCCCGUCCCAGCCUUAUAGGAGCCCUUUCCCCACAAGCCAUCUCGCCUGGCAAUGUCUCCACGUUCAUCACACCGACGCCUUUCCUCGACACAGGCCGGAUCCGGGACGAGCUGUCCCUGUCACACCGACAUUCUGUCGCCCCGCAGCAUCUUCUAACAUGGCCUUGCUCGCCCCUGUACCUUAGCGAGCAAGAGCUCCAGUACCCCAUGGAACUCGAGGUGAGGAGGCCCAGGAUGUCACGCUCUUCAUCGCCUCCUCGGUGCCUAGCUUCACCAGCGACAGACCAGAGCUGGCUUUCUCGCCUAUCUGUGUCUCAGAUCAACCUGUUGACCAGGUUUUACUUUGACCACUUUCAUCCAUCUUGUGUCGUUCUCGACAAGGCGACUUUCGAAGCGGACUACACUACUGCCCUGACGACAGAUUUUGCGAAGAACUUUAGUUCGUGUAUCGUACUACUCGUCUGCGCACUUGGGUCUGUCGCUGCCUUUUAUUCCGGCCAUGACGAAUGGUCACAAGCUGGAGAAGAGGAAGUCGGGAUCGGCUUCUUCAACCUGGCAAACGACAUCUUCAGAGAGAUAGAGGAUACAAACUGGGUCAGUGUUCAGUGCCUACUGCUGAUGGGUCAAAUUCUUGCCGAGUUUGAUUUCCCAGCCAGCGGACUCGGAAAGCUAGCUGGGACCAUGGCAUUGCCCUUGGUCCCCGAGACCAAGGCUAACCUCGAUCACGCUCAAUACCAGUUCAGCCUCGAUCACGCUCAGUAUCAGUUCUUUUUUCUGGCUCUCAUAUCCAUGCGCAAGCUGCUGAACCGCAUUCUUUACCACCUCUAUAGCUCCGAAAGCACCGAGGACAAUAGCCAGAAUGGCCAUAACGCUGCCUCGCCUAACGACAAGCCGCUGGCAUUCCUUUCCGCCUCACGUUCCAUGAUCAAAGAACUCGAUAGGCAGAUCGAAGAAUGGCGAGAAUGUCUCCCUCAUGGGCUGCAGUUUUCGAACUAUAUCCCCGACCAGGAACAACCUCUGCCUCAGCCUUUCCAGCCUCGAUCACCCCACGAUAGGCUGCGUGGGCAUCUGAUUGCCCGCUACUACUCCGCCAAGUCCAUCAUUCACCGUCCUUUUGUAUAUCGGGCAUUCCACUGCGAGGAUCCAUCGCUACUAUCGGAUGAGGACAAGUUGGGGGCUCGGACCGCCAUUGGCUGCGCAUUCUUGUCUACCGUGAACAGCGGACUGCUGCAUGAGCCCCUGGUGCUCUUACUGCACCCUAUCAAUUCAUGUCGCACCCUAUUCGCCAUAGAGUUGCAACUCGCAUUCGUACUUCGUCGUGGUGCUUUACAUUUCACCCUCCCGAGCGAAUGGAGGAUCAUUCCCGAAAUCCGCAAGCGAAUCACGCAUAUUGCCCAGCGCAUGUCUCCCACGGCCACUCGAGAUGCCGAGGUUCUUGAUGCAUUGGUCUAG